AUGGUGAUGCGCGUCGGUGAGUGUCUAGGGAGGAAGCACAAAUGACGGUGAAAGCAGAGGGGUGCAUCGAGAUGUACGAUUGGCGUGCCUCCUGCCAUUCGACCUUCUUCGCAGCCAAACAGGCGAAUGCGGCGCGGGCGCGGGCGCGGGCGCCGGCGCCGCCUUCAAAUUUGGACUUUGGACUCAAAGUCAAGACUCCACCUCAUCGACGUUUGGCGUGAAGGCCUUGCAAGGCCUGACACGUGACCCAGUGGUUCGUCGCCUGGGCUGCAGCACAACAACACAUACAAUAUGCCUUGCCACCUGCUCCUCUCAUGAUUCAUUUGAUUCUCAACUCUUGACUUCAAGGGUCGACGUCCUCACAUCUCUCUGUACCUCCUCAUCAGCAUUGUCCACUUGCACGCGCUGGUAAGCAUCACGCUCCGACUCAGACUAUCGCUCGUGACACAAUCCACCCUCUCAUCUGCGCGCCAGCCGGGCAUAUCCAGCUUUCAGAGGUCUGUUCGCCGGCUCCAAGCAGUUGUCCACGACUCAAACGCAGGCCCUUUGCACGUACCAGCUGUCUGAAAGUCGCGCCAUCACGAUGUCUGGCAAGCUGUCUCGCGAGGAGUUCAGGAGGCAAAAGGAUCUCGAGGCUGCGCGUAAAGCAGGAACGGCAGCCCCCGAAAUCGACGAGGAUGGUCGAGUCGUCAAUCCUCAUGUUCCCUCGUACAUGGUGAGCUGCAUGCAAAGAUCUUGAAGUCGAGUCUGAAGCGGUACUGACUCUUCCCCCCGCUCUCGCAAUCAGGCCAAAGCGCCAUGGUAUUUGGAUGCAUCUGGAGGUCGCGGUGGUUUGAAACACCACAAAAAGCCUCAGUCGGAAAAAGAGUAUGCCAAGAUUGGAGAUUGGUAUGAGCGAGGCGCAAAGGCAGGACCGGCAGCUACAAAAUUUCGCAAAGGAGCUUGCGAGAAUUGUGGCGCCAUGUCUCACAAGACCAGGGACUGCUUGGAAAGACCACGCAAGAAGGGGGCAAAGUGGACAGGCAAGAACAUCGCUCAGGAUGAAGUCCUGAACGAUUUGAAGGAGCAGGAUUACGAUGCAAAGAGGGAUCGGUGGAAUGGCUAUGACCCGUCCGAGCACAAUAUGGCUAUGCAGGAGUACGAAGCUGUCGAAGCGGAGAGGCGAAGACUUCGAGAAGAGCAGAUCGACCAACAGAAGAGCUCGGAUUUGAGCGCAGCUAGAAAGCUGGCCAAGCAGGAGAAGAAGUCGGGACCCAAAGCGGAUGGAGAUUUCAGCUCGGAAGAUGAGGAUCAAGACGACGAGGACAAGUACGCGGAGAAGGCGGACAUGCCUGGUCAAAAGGUCAACACCGAUACGAGACAAUCUAUGCGCAAUUUGAGAAUUCGAGAGGACAGAGCAAAAUAUCUUUACAAUCUCGACGUCGACUCUGCCUACUACGAUCCAAAGACCCGUUCUAUGCGCGAAGCUCCCGAUCAGAGCAUCAGACCCGAAGAUGUGAGUUUGCUCAAGCAGGCGAACAGUGAAGCUCCGCCUUCCGAGUGCUAAUCGAAUCGAUGUCCCAUCUGACUUCUCGUGACCUUAGGCGCAAUUUGCUGGCGACAACUUUACUCGAGGUAAAGGCGACGCUGCGAAGAUGCAAGAGCUGCAAUUGUUCGCUUGGCAAUCCGAGGCUAGAGGUCACGACGUGCAUCUGCAAGCCAAUCCGACCGUCAACGAGUUGCAGCACAAGGAGUACCAACAGAAAAGAGAGAAACUCAGGGACACUAUCAAAGGUAGCAUUCUGGAGAGGUACGGCGGUGCUGAGCAUUUCGCUAGUCUACCGAAGGAGCUGCUGGGAGGUCAGACGGAGGACUACGUCGAGUACAGCUCGACUGGACAACCCGUCUUGCCUCAGAAUAGAAUCACUGCUGCACCGAGCGGAUCCGGUGAUGCCCCUCGAAAACGUGAGUUCUAAGCUGAUUAGCGGAGUCUAAAGAGUGAAGUCAACGAGCGAAACAGGCGAUUCGCAUGACUGACAGUUGUUUGCCAACUUUCGCAGUCUAUGACGGUAACCAUACGCAGCCAUGGGGUACUUACUUCGACGAAGACAGCGGCAAGUACGGAUACGACUGCUGCCACUCUACCAUCCGUAAUUCGUACUGCACAGGACAGGCUGGCAUAGAAGCAGCUCAGGCCAGCGACAAUCUGCUCAAGCCAAAAGCUGCCGGUAAUUCAGAUGCAGCAAAAGCGGACAUCACAGCCGAGCAAAAAGUAUCCGACGGCAAGCGAAGAAGAAGAUCCAGAUCGUUUUCCAGCUCGGAUAGCAGUGACUGGUCAAGCUCUGGCUCUGAGAGCGACUCGAAUAGAGGAGGCAAGAGAUCCAAAAGGCGCAGAUCGUCGAAGACCAAGUCGGACAGGCGAUCACAAUCCCCUGCGCACAAGUCGCAUACCAAGGGCUAUCAAAGCACCAAAGGUAUGGGCGAAGGAGAUGUUUCCUCUCGCCUGGACUCCGACAAGCUAAAAGCUGCGCUCAAAUCCGACAAACAAACAAGUGAGGAGACAAGCGAUGACGGCAUGCCCGAUUGGCUCAAAGAGGCUCAGGCGAUCAAUCGGAAGACGGACAGAUUUGCUUCUUUGAAGAAGGGAGCGGAUGCGAAUGGCGAUGUGACAGAGGAACAGCUGGAGGCGUACAGGAUGAAGAGCAGAAACGAUUAUGAGGACCCCAUGGCUAAUUAUCGUGGAGAUUAA